AUGUCUAGUCCGUCCGCUUUUUCUCGUACUUAUUGUAAUUUGACAACACCAACUUCACCCAUUGACAUGUACUCUCACAUUAGACAAACAAGGUCCGGGACCACUUCUACGGUUGACAUUGUAAUUAUAGAUAGUGACACUGAGGAUGACGUUGUCUCGUCACACGGUUCUGACCAUAAUAAUUCCUACUCUCGAAAUAAUAUGAACCAACAUACAUUUGGCAAUCAAAGUUUAUAUAAUUCUCCUGGAGUGAUUCCGCCUAGUAAUGUACAAAGUUCUUCGAUCGGAAACGGAGGUGGUCCAAUUCGAGCCAGAGCCAAUCCUGUUCGUUCGAAUCAUAAUCGCUCUAGUCCUAUUCGUUCUAGUCCUAUUCGUUCUAAUCGAUUACAAAGCUCUGGAUCGUCUCCAACGUGGCGAGGUUUGGCGAUAGUAAAUGUCACUACUAUUCAAUCUGUUCAGGGACCAAAUUCAAACCUUCAAUUCUCAUAUCGUCAUCACCGACAGCAUGCAUCGGCAUUCCAUCCUGUGCUUUAUGCAGACGAAAUAACCAUCGCUCCUCAACAUGAUCGUCCACAUUCCCAUGAUAAUGUUACAGGCGCUUCUCGAACAUUUCCUCCCAUUUUUCAAACAGAAAACGUAAUCCCUACUACGAUCAAUACUAACGAUAUCCAAAUUCUGAAUACUCCACCCAUGUCCACCUCACGACGAGAUAAUAAUGUUUCAAGGAAACCAGCAGAUGGUCACACGAGGAAUCCUGAAGACUCUGAUACUUUAAUUUGCGUAGAUUGUAAUGGCGUUCUUCGUGAAAAAUUAUGGGCGUUAGGCUGUGGGCAUGUUAUUUGUGGAGGUUGCGUAAACAAAUUUUUAGAAAAGAAGAAAGAGAAAACUCCAUGCCCAACAU